AUGCGCAGAUGUCGGUUUCUAGAUCAGCACCCAUGUCACCCACCAUCCAGGAGUCAGGGUCCGGCUAGCAUCCGUCGUAAAAACGAAUUGGAUAGGCAGCUUCAAACGAAUUUUGACGUGCAGAAUGACAAAAGGUUGGGCUUCUUCACGGCUGGUGGCGUGGCGGAGUUCCUAAGACGAAACAACACGGAAUACGGAGUACAGAUUGCUCAAGGGAGAAAACCAAAUCUCUGGGGCCGAUUCUUCGCGUUACGGAAGCAACCGCCGCCAGAUGCAUUAAAGGAUUCUUGCCCCGGUCGAGUCGUGGAGCACAUCGAUGUCGAGUCCAUGCAAGGUGCCUGCUGUUUGGGAUCAAUCAGUAAAGUAGCCGACAAUUCAGUGAUUCUAUAUUGGCUCGAAGCCAAAAUCCCGCUGCUGCGUCUGCAUGAAGGCAACGGCCUCAGACUCCGUUCAGAUGCAUGA